AAAACAGUGAAGCGAGGGGGAGGAGCCAGGGCUUUUCUUAAGCUACACGCUUAUAAUCGCGCCGUCUUUAGCAGGCCAGUGUCUUGGGGUUCCGGUUCGUGGCUGGCUGAGAUCAAGCAGCGAAGAUGAGCGACAACGGGGAACAGAAUUAUGCCGAUCGGGAGUCCCGGUCUGCUUCAAGGAGUGGCAGCGCUCGUCGAUCAGGCAAAUCCGCAAGCCAUUCCCCGACUCGUUCACCUGCACGCUCGAGGUCUAAAGAGGGGUCCAGACAUUCAAGAUCAAAGUCCCGAUCUAGGUCUGAAUCAAGAUCUAGAUCAAGAAGAAGUUCUCGACGUCACUACACAAGGUCUCGCACUCGUUCAAGGUCUCACAGAAGGUCCAGAAGCCGUUCUUACAGCAGAGACUACCGAAGACGCCACAGCCACAGUCGAUCUCCCAUGUCCAACCGAAGGCGGCAUAUAGGGAGUAGAGCAAACCCUGAUCCCAACUGCUGUUUGGGAGUGUUUGGUUUAAGUUUGUAUACCACGGAGCGAGAUCUAAGAGAGGUAUUUUCAAAGUAUGGUCCAAUAGCCGAUGUAUCCAUCGUGUAUGAUCAGCAGUCUAGACGUUCCAGAGGGUUCUCGUUUGUUUACUUUGAAAAUGUCGAGGAUGCGAAGGAGGCGAAGGAACGCGCAAAUGGAAUGGAACUUGAUGGAAGACGCAUACGAGUAGAUUUCUCAAUUACAAAAAGACCCCACACCCCUACCCCAGGAAUAUAUAUGGGAAGGCCAACCUAUGGAAGUUCACGCCGUAGAGAUUAUUACGAUCGAGGAUAUGAGAGAGGAGGGGGAUAUGAUGACCGAGAAUACUACAGCAGAUCUUCUUACAGAGGCGGAGGAGGAGGCGGUGGUGGUGGUGGCGGCGGAGGAGGAGGAGGAUGGCGUGGCGGACAGGACCGGGACCAGUUUUCUAGGCGAAGAUCUCCAUCACCGUAUUACAGCCGAGGGGGCUAUAGAUCUCGAUCCAGAUCACGAUCUUACUCUCCACGUCGAUAUUGAAAGCUGAAUAGAUGCGACCAUCUGACAUUCAAAGCAAAUGAUUCUGAAAG